UCUUUUUCCAUGUUUUGAUGAUUUUAAUUGAAAUUAUAAUCAUUUUACCAACAACAAAAUUGAUGCCAAAAUCAUUAACGACAACAGAUAAAAUGCCACAUCAAACUAUUAAUAAAUUAUUUGAAUCAUCACCAUUAUAUACAUCGAAUUUAUAUGAUUCAAAACAGAAAAGUCGAUCACAUUUAGUGUUAUUUGAAACAAUAACGGAUAAAUAUUCCAAUGAUGAUGAUAAUGGAAAUAAUAAGAAAAAAUCUCGAUCAACGAAAAAAUCAGCCAGACAACUUGAACAUUCAAAUGCAAUUGGUUAUUUGGGUAGACCAUUAUCAUCAUUAUCACCACGACAAUAUCGACAAAAUUAUGAUGAUGAUCAUCACUAUAAAUCGGUCAACGACGUUUACAAAUAUCAUCAAAGAACAUCGACACCGAUUCAAAGAGCAACAAAUCCAAAAAUACAAACAGCGGCAAGUCGUAAUGAAUCAAGUGCUGUUCGUGCUGCAUUAAUGUUACCCGAACAUGGUGAUGAUGAUGAUGAUGAUGAUUCGAUUUUAUUUCGAUCUAUUGGUAACUAUGAUUCUUAUGAUGAUGAUAGUAGAGAUGUUUAUGAUCAUAAUAAAACAUCAUCAUCAUCAUCACCAUCAUCAUUGAUGUAUGAUUUUAAUGGUAAUAUAACUGGAAAAAAACAUUCUAAAAAUGACUACAAUGAUAAUGAUGAUGAUCAACAGAUGAAUUGUUGGCGCGUUUCAUCGGAUUCAAACAUUCUUAUUCCAUCUUCCAUUAAUAAUAAUAAUAAUAAAAUAAACAAAAUCGAAUCAUAA